AUGGAGGCUUUCAAGAAAUACACCGUCUUCAUCAAAGCCUACAAGCACCUCAAACUACAGGGCAAACAGGCUCGCAAGGCUCUACUCAAUCGAGAACUUGGGCUUGCGGCAGAGGCAGCACAGCGCAAUGACACUGGCCAGCUCCAUCGGAUCAUUCGAAGGCUGGCUCCCAAGACGAAACCCACCACAGUGCGCAUUCACGGGCCUAAUGGAGAGAUGCUUCGUGAGGUUGAAGAGCAUCGUACCAUUGUGAGGCACUUUGAGACCCUUUUCCAGUCGAACGAGUCUUCACAUGUGCCUGAUGUGGAGCCCAACUGGGGUCUUCAGGUUGUCGAGCAAGAUCUCUAUGACGCCCUCCGCAGCACCAAGUACGGCAAGGCCGUGCCGAGCUCGUCAGCCCCUUCCAGUGCAAUCAAAAGCUGUGCAGAUAUUCUGGCACAGGCAAUGCUUCGCUCGGUGAAUGCCAGUCUGAACGGACAGGGCACACCGGCUUUGUGGGCAGAUUGUCACCUGAUUGUGGAGGUAAGGCGUAUGCCCGGCUUCUUAAACAACUUUUGCUGCGAGAGGUGGGCAGGAUGUACCUUGGCUCCGCUGCUUUGGGUAGUCUUCAGUGCCUAUAUGACACAUCAGCUACAGCAUCACCUCCCUGCCUGGUGGAUUGAUGAGCACCUUACGCUUUAUGCAGAUGAUACACAUGCCAGCUUUAUAACCAACAGCGUUGAUGACGUCAAGUAUGCCUUCAGAGCAAUAGGCACCAUCUUCUCUGUGUAUAAACAACAUGGCAUGAAGGUGAACCCCAGCAAGUCAGGGGUGGUGCUUGGUGUUCGUGGAUUGCAGGCCAAAGAAUUUCUGAGCUCCCACAUUCAGGGACCACCUGCGCAGCAUGUUCUCGUCAUUGGUAUUGGUAGAGAUUGGCUCCGCAUUCCUAUUCAGACUAGCAUGACGUAUUUGGGCAUCACAAUCUCUUAUGACAAUUUUGAGCAGGAAACUCUGGAUUCUAGGCCCGAAGUCUUGGAACUCGUCCCUGCUGCUCGCUGGAAAACCAUCCUCUGGUUAGAUGGAGUUAAGGCCAACAACGGCCCUGCGGAGCUUGUGGAGCGCGGCCCCUACAUCGUACCAAACACCGCUGCAGAGUACUCUAUCAGCUUUGUCUGCUACGGCAAGUGCACCUCCAGGCCCUUCGACCUCCGGUCCAUCUCAGUUCUCGGCCCGGAACUCAAGAUGCCAGUGGAUGCCAAGGAAGCUCUGGCGGAGGUGCAGGGAAUGUUCCCACACCUGAUGCCGGGAUCGAGAGGAGCGGACAAACCGGACGAGGAUAUGGAACCUACGGCUCUGGGCCGGAGGGACCGGGAGCCAGAGCGGCUGGAGAACCCGGAGAAGUACCCUCGCCCCGCGGGCAAGGGCCAGCGAGAAGAGUGGGAUCAAUGGCAGGGCUGGAGCAAGAACAACAAGGAGCUCACCAACAAGGAGCUGCAGCGCGAAGUGGAGAACCUACGGGAGAAUGUUCGCCUCCUGGCGAGGAUUUCCAUGAGGCACGAGGACGAACUCAGCCAGAAGCGCACGGAAACCGACUUCAUCCUGACGCUGGAGGUUCACGAGGCGACAGACUCGGCGGAGUCUCUGGAGCACCUGGCUCAGCUGGGAUACCUGAGGCAGGUGGACGGCAACCCGGUGUGGAACUAUCUGCGAUGGAACUACGAUAACUACGACAAGGAGGAGCUGGAGCCAUCGGAGCAGACGCCCCUGCGGGACUCGGAGCUUCGCUCCCUGCUUACAGUUCUCAAGACCAGCAUCGGGGACAGGGA